AUGUCGGAGAACCGUGCCCAACAGCAUGUCUUGAGCCAUGCACCAAGCGCUGUGAUCAUGGCCUUUGUCGGAAUCGAUGUCAAGAACCUUGCGAUCCAUGCAUUAAACCGGUUGCUCCUGGAUGCGACCAUGAAAAACCUGCAAACACACUGUGCUGUCUGCCAAAUCCCAUUUCACCGUGUUCUCACGUUUGCCCGAAAGAAUGUGGAGACCCGUGUCCUUCUCUCCAUGGAGAAAUCUGCCCUCCUCCCACCAUGUGCCCGGAAUUGUGGCCACCUUGUGCCUCUGGCGCAGUUGGAUUCAGUCAAUUUGACAUCCCUCUACGUACAGAGAGCAGAUGGAUCACUUUCCAUCAACCCCAGUAUUCGGAUUGCCGAUGUCCAGAAGCCGACUUGCAUUUGUGGCGCACCAUGCCUCACAACACGGCGAUACAUACUUGCCGCAAAGCUGAUCGAUUUCCACAAUACUCUAGAUCGGCUCAUCGCAGUGAUAGGUGGGAAGAUGCAAUACUAUGCUAGAAUGAUCGAAGCGACUGAGGAAAACUUGUCCAAGGACUUUGUGGCAUUUGUCAACGGCAUACGACCGAAUCCGUUGGCGGCGAAACAGAAUACCUCACUCCUUAUUCGGCGGUACCAAGACGUUCGCAAGCUACAAAAGGAGAUCGGCAAUUUUCGGGACAAGGUGAUCGAUCCUAUUCAACGUCGUCUGGCCGAACUGCACACCACCUUUCCCAAUGUUGCCGGAGACUAUAGACUGCUGUUCUAUCUCCACUUCAAGAUCCUGGAGUAUCGCGUCAUCGAUGUGAGAAUUGUCGACACCGUCAAGCUUGCUGAUCACCUGCUCCAACUCCAAGAUUCCUCCUACGGAGUGCAGCGACAAGGUUUGAAAAUGCUUGAGUUUACGAACAAGGAGUCUACCGCCUGCAUUGAUCACUGUCAAGAUACUCUCUCUGACCCUUACGUCAAGACCAGUCCAUGUAUCGAAAGUGAGAUCAGAUUACACCAGAUACGCUUCCAACUACUCGCGAAAUCUACACUGAAGCAGGGUUUGGAAGGCGAGCCUGUUGAAGACAGUGUGAUCCAAGGUAACCUGGAAACAUUGAUCAAUGUCUGUCGCCUAUUACCUACGACGCAUUCCGACCUGGUCAACAGUACACACAACCUUGCACGAACCUUUCAACAGGGAGGUGCCCAUGAAGGGAUGAUCCCGGAAAUCAAGAUUGACAGCGUUCGGAGGGUCGAGAGAUUGUGGGGAAUGCACGAAGUUGGCUAUCUGAAGCAUUGUGCACAGUUUCAUCUGUUUUCGGCCAAGACGUUCCCUCGGGGCUGCCCGCAAUGCGGCAAAUUGACGGUUGAUAUGGAUGACAUGUUCCGGCAGAGCUCCAAGAAUUUAUUCGAGAAGCAGUUUCUUGCUGCAAUGACAACAAAGCAUGGCAACUCGAAGACCAGUGCUGGUGAUGUCGCACAGACCGCAUCGAAAGAGGCAGUGGAGGUUUGUGUAUCCAAGACCAAAGCGGUUGAGAAAGAGUUGACGAAUGAAGAGAGAUUUCUGGUUGCCAUGCGCAAGCUAGGAACGAAAUGA